AUGGCCCAAGUACUGCGCAGAUAUGUUGCCCCCGCGGAAACCGCUCGCCAUAUUGCGACAAUCCUGGGGUUUCCCUCCAAGAUCUCAAUUGCUGCCGAGUACUACGAGGAUGCAUGCAAAGAAAUCGCCAGUUUAGCUUCUGCGAUCUCUGCUUUUGAGCGAGUGCGUCUGUACACGCGCCCAGAAGACAUUCCAAAGGCACAAGCUCUGGUUACCAAAAGUAUUCCCAAAUUUAACGGCACAGAUUCGAACAUCAGCAUUAUUCCGUUCCGCACGAAUCAUUUGUGGGUCCGCGACACCGGUCCCGUCUAUGUCUAUGGUACUGGGGCGCAUUCUAAAGAACGUUUUGCCGUCAACUUUCGAUUCAGUGAAUGGGGCAAGAAGGAUGAUAUCGCCGAUCAUUAUCGAGCUACAGAUGGCCUGGACUGGCCCAUUAUGGGACCGGACCAGAUCAAAGAGAACGCGGCUUUUGCACAGAACGUCAUCGCGAGCGACGUUUGUCCAGCUCCAGUAGUUAAGGUCGAGUCCAAGGUCUGCUUAGAGGGGGGCGCAUUAGUUCUAGACGGCGAUGGCACCCUCCUUGUGACAGAGAGCAGCGUCCUGAACGAGAACCGCAACCCGGGUCUGUCUCGGGCUGACAUCGAAGAGGAGCUGCAGCGCCUGCUGGGCGUUGAGAAGAUCAUCUGGUUCCCCGGGCGGAGGGAUCUCGAUGUCACCGAUGUCCACGCAGAUGCCGAGCUUAACUUUGUUCGGCCUGGUGUGGUGGUCCUCUCCAAACCACACCCCAGUGUACCCAAGCCUUGGCAAGAUGUGCACGAUGAGAUCCGAGACAUUUUGGCCCGGACAGUCGAUGCAAAGGGGCGUCGCUUUGAGGUCCAUAUCGUGGACGAGCCGGCUCCCACUAUCUUUGGAUCUUUAUCGUACCCUGAUCCGGCAACGAAUUAUGUCAACUUUUACUUUGUCAAUGGCGGCCUCAUCCUCCCUCAAUUUGGGGAUCCGGUCGCGGAUUCAGCGGCAGUUUCUACUUUGCAAAAGUUGUGCCCCGAACAUAAAGUCACCCCGGUUCCUGUCCGUGCCCUCCCAUUAGCUGGCGGUGUCGUACACUGCUCGACCCAGCCCGUGGUUGCGGUCGACGAACAGUGA